AUGGCCAUGAUGCUUGAGCUUAUGGAUGAGUAUCACAGAUUUUAUCAGGAUUAUCAAGAAGGCAAUUUUGAUUUGAGGCUUAAUUUUCAUCCACCUUGUCCUCAACCUAAUAAAGUACCAGGAUUACGGGUUCUAAAAGAUGGUCAAUGGGUUUAUGUCGAGCAAAUUGAUGGCGCCAUUGUUAUAAUGAGCAAUGGAAUAUACAAAGUUCCAGAGUAUAGAGCAGUGGUAAACAAAUUGAAAGAAAGGGUUUUUGUAGUUACCUUAUGUUAUCCUAACUCAUCUUUAACCGUUGGUCCUGCCAAACAACUUACACAGACAGGAAAUCUAGACGUUUCAUUCAUUGAGCUUUUACAAUCGGCAUCUUGA